AUGGAUCCGCUCCUCGCCUGGAUCAUCUCGUGCGAGGCAAGCGGUGACAUGGAUAAGCUGUACUCGAUCACCCGUCAACCACCGCGUGGGGAUUUUGAGCGAUGUUUAUUCGGCUACGACGGGCACUCAGCGCAGUCUGAGGUGCUCGCUUUGAUGGCGCCGCGACCCAACGCGACACCGAGCGCCACGCACGCGAAGCGACGGGAAGCGACGUCGAAACAGCGCGACCGCAGUGUGACACAGCGAGCGCAGCGUGAUCGCGCGUUCGACAUCCAACAUCCGGCGCGCGAGUACACGCGCGCGGCUGAGGCGCGUCGGUAUCGAUCGCUGUGGGUGAGCGAUCGAUCCGCCUGGCUCGAAGCUUCAAAGAGUCGAUGGCGCUCGCUCAGAAGGGCUAGAAUGUACGUUUCCGAAGCGAAUAAGACAUAA